GGUAGCUAGGGGUCAGGAUGACUUAUGAGAGAGGGGGGUGACUCGUUAUCCAUCUUUAGAGGCCGGGCCUCACAGACAGCAAGAAGAGAAGAAAGGGAGAGAGAAGGUGUUCUAUUUGAGAGUGUGAGGAGGGGCAAGAGGAGUGUUCGUCCAAACGUAAGGAGAGAGCGGACCCCUCUUGAGAGAUCUACUGACACCCCUUCCUCCGGCAUGGCUAACAUCACAUCUGCCCAAUGGCAGGCCAUGCUGGAUGCAGCAGAUAAGAGCGAGAGACCGUUCUUCCAGAGGCUUUAUGAUGAUGCCGUGCAGAGGGAAAGGGAGGCAGAGGCAGCAGCCAGAGCUGCCAACAUUGCUGAUCAGGUGGCUCUCCUUCGGAUCCCGGAAGCCAAUGCUGACCGGUUCCAGGAGGGACUAGCUGCUGCCGUAGCAGCCUUGGUUCGACUGCGGACCUUGGAAAACCUUGAGUCCCGUGUAACAGCGCUGGAGCAGCGGAACCAAGAGUUGCAGGCUGAGAUAAUCAGCCUCAAACAGUCCCAACUGUCUGCCCCCCGCCCUCCUAACCCUCGACCUACUGCAGUCCCAGUCUCUCAACCCAACACGAUCCUCAUAGCAAGGGCAAGUGGAACUGUGAUGAGCGCAGGAUCCGGUGCCAGCUCCUCGAGCGGCAGCGCCGACAGUUUUGCACUAGUCAUAGUCCCAAAUGCGGGGACAUCAGCCCAAAACGCCACAAUCCCUACUGGCGUUCAGUACAGCGGUCCCAUGGUGGACAAGCGGGCGGCCACUCUGCCGUCCAAGUACGACGGGAAGGCAGACAUUACCUCUUGGAUUAGAUUGUUUUCGACUGCAGGGAAACAAGCAAAGGGCGUAGAGGAGUCCUCAGCACUCCCUACAACAGGGGAAGCUGGAACAUCAGUUGCAGGCCCCUCCGAUGAGCCUGAAUCUGAUCAACAGCCCACUCUUGAAGCCCGAAACGACGCUGAAUCCAAGGCUGCUACAAUUCAUGUGUUAUACACAGAGCCUUGGGAGGAGUCUAAGGAAGUUGACUUCCACGCUCACAUGGAACACUGGCUGCAGCUCAAGCAGCAACGCCGUGUUCAAGGGAGUGUGGAACUAACCUUCUUUAAACUGCUCAUUAACCGCCGAUACAUCCGCGUGCUGAUUGAUAGUGGUUCAACCACUAACUUUUUUUCUCCUAACGGGAUUCGUAAGGCGGGCCUGGGAAUGAAGCAAGUGGAAUUGCAGAACCCUUGUCAGACCCAGGUGGGCAACCAAGAGGUUGUCACAUCUACACAUGCUGUCAAAGGUGUGCGCGUCACCUUUGACAAGAGCCGCACUGUCACACAUGAGCUCAACUUCUAUGUCAUGGACAAGUGUCCGUUCGACGCGGUCAUUGGCUUGGGCUGGCUAAAGGCUCAUUGCCUAAGGACCACGUGGGCAGACAAUCAAUUCGUGGUGCGUGAUGCCAAGGGGAACGAGCGUACCGUCCUAUUGGAUGAGAUUUGCGAGUCCCUUGUGACUCUUCUAAGUGCAACCAAAUUCUGCAAAUCAGUGCGCAGGCGCACGAAGAUUGAGCAUGUACAUGUAGCUUUUGUAAAGCCUAUCCAUGUGCCUUCUACUUUUGCCGCGUUUUCUACCUCGGUAAGUAACUCUACUUCUACCACCUCUACUUCUAAUCCAUCUACUUCUACUGUGAAUAAUCCCUCUACUUCUAAUCCGGUUAUCAUUGCUGUAAAUUCUCAGUCUGAUUUUCUUCCUCCUGAUGAGGAUGAUCCUCCACCGGAAGACCCAACAAACAUUCGCCAGCUAUUAGAUCGAUUCCCUGAAGUGCUGGCCGAACCUCGUGGAGUUCCCGAACGUCCGGUCAAACACAAAAUCGAGAUAAUAGAGGGGAGUGUUCCUCCAAAGGGCUGCGUCUACCGUAUGGGGCAAGGCGAGUUGGAGGAGUUGAAAAGGCGGAUUGAUGAUAUGAUUGACCGUGGAUGGAUUAGGCCUAGUGAGUCUGAGUUCGGUGCACCUGUCCUGUUUGUGCCAAAGAAAGGAGGCAAACUCCGGAUGCGUAUUGAAUAUCGUGGCCUCAAUCGAAUCACCCGAAAGAAUGCUUAUCCUUUGCCUCGCAUAGAUGAUCUGCUAGAUGCGGCAGGUGGGUGCAAGGUCUUCUCCAAGAUCGACCUCAGAUUUGGUUACCACCAGAUUGAAGUCGAUCCGAGUGACCAGCACAAAACGACAUUCAAGACACGCGACGGGCUGUACGAGUUCAUCGUUAUGCCCUUCGGUCUCACGAAUGCACCGGCCACAUUUCAGUGCCUCAUGGACAAGGUACUUCGCCAUCAACUCAACAGGUUUGUGGUGGUGUACCUCGACGACAUCCUGAUCUUCAGCAAGUCCAUGGAGGAGCACGUCAAGCACCUGGAGGAAGUUUUGCAGGUCCUCAACGAGGCGCAGCUGCACCUCAACUUGGAGAAAUUUGAGUUUGGAAGGGACAGCGUCAUCUAUCUUGGGCACCGGUUGUCUGCAAACGGCCUUGAGCUGGAGGCAACUAAGGUUGACGUCAUCCGAGAGUGGCCCCAACCGGCGAACGUACGCGAACUGCGUUCUUUCCUUGAUUUGGCCUCGUAUUAUCGAAAGUUUGUGCCCAAAUUCUCUGUCAUUGCUCACCCUCUCUCAAGACUAACCAGCAAGAAUGUUGCCUAUGCAUGGUGUGAGAAGUGUGAGACUGUGUUCCAAGACUUGAAAGAGGCAUUUGUGAGUCAUCACGUGCUCCGCAUUGCGGAUCCCAUCCUCGCAUUCGUAGUCACUACAGACGCGAGCCAGUUUGGGAUUGGUGCAGUGCUGCAACAAGAUGAUGGUGAUGGCCUGUAUGGACCCGGUGAGUUGAUUUCCAUCGACUUUACGAACAUAGGAAAGGUGAGUGAAGCAGGGAAUUCACAGAUCAUGGUCAUCGUGGAUCGAUUCUCCAAAUUUCUGAAUCUGAUUCCUUUCCCUCCCCAUGCACCAAUUGAGCUUGUCAUCGAAGAAUUCCAUCAGCAGUACAUUCUGCAGUUUGGCGUCCCGAAAACCAUUGUGAGUGAUCGGGACACCAGAUUCAUCAGCAAAGAUUGGAAGGACUUUACCUCUCAAAUCUAUGACAUUAAACUGAACAAGACUUCUGGUCGACACCCCGAAGCCAAUGGUUUGGCCGAGGAGAUCAACCAGACCGUCAUCCAACUACUUCGCGCAUUGAUUGUUCCAGAUCAGAACACGUGGGACAAGGAGCUGCACAAGGUGAAGGGGUUGUAUAACCACUCCAUUCACUUUGCAACUGGCGUGACACCAAACCAGUUGCAAUAUGGAUGGCCGAUGCGUAAUCCCCUCUCCUAUUUGUUUCCUGAACGGUCACCUGGUCUGAUGCCUGGCAUGCCUGGCUACAAUGUCACGUACACAUGCUUGCUCAAAGUUGUUAUUGCAGCCAUGAACAAGCGCCAGCAUGCCAUGAUCAAACAUGCUAACAAGUUGCGCAAAGAAGAAAAGUUCAAAGGGACUUUAUUCCAGGCAACCAGGCACUUCGUGCAGACCAAUUACUGCAAGGCCGUCACUGAUGAGGCCUUGUACGAGAUCGGAAAACAGACUCAACUGAAGUUCGAGGCCGACCAGAUGGAGAGGAUUUCCAGGUUUGCAGCGGAGCGUGGACUUGAUGUGCCCCGGGCCGGUGCAGCGACGGGAGGAGAGGCGGUGCAGCGGCCGCGGGAGGUGGGGGGGAGGGGGAGAGAUUGGGCAUGCCACAGCGAGAUUGCGAGCAUGCAGGCAGUGGAGAGGCACCAUGCGGAGUUGGCCGAGGAGUUGGAGGAGGAGUACCAUGCUUGGCUUGUGAGACAAGCCAAGAGGUACAUUCUGACGCAGACGGGUUUCGAGUUGGAGGGUGCGAAGUACCUCCUUGCCUGCCGGCAGUUCGAGGACUUCCACAUGCAACAGGGCAGGUUUGCGGAGAGGAACUGGGCAGUCCACGAGGGCAUCCACACGAAGAAGCGUAAUAGGUUGGCCUUUGAGAAGGUCGUGCAGCUCGUUGAGAUCACCGCAAAUGUGCUGUUGACAGAGUAUCGGCGGGCAGGAUGCGGUUACGUGCUGCCACGGCAGCGUGACGAGGGGAUGUUGGACUGCCAGGCAGGACUGGAGGUUGAGCCGGUGCACACGGGCACGCGCCAGGGGAUGAUGGCGGCGAAGAUUGCAGAGCAGGUUGCGCUUAUUACGUGCGAUCCCAUCGGGUCUUCCGCACCGCCAUCCGCUGCUGCCGUUUUUGAGAGACGUGCUUGCAUUUUUCGUCUGUACCCUAGGGACGAUGACUCGGAUGAGGAGCCCACACCCGAGGGAGUAGAUGACCCUGCGCUGCCCAUUCCGAGCGAGAUCGACGAGACCCAUGAGGAGGCCAAUGAUGCCAAGGUGAGGACAUACACGGCACGGCGGGCAGCGGACCGGGCAGAGGAGGAGAUGCAAGGGGGGGACGAGGAUUUAUGGGGCCCUUUCGGGGAGGUGGCUUCCACAGGUGAUGCGCGUGCUGACAGAGGCGGGGCCUCUCAUGCCGACAUGAGCCGCACAGAGGCGAAGAGACCGACUCCUGCUCCUGCCGGGCGAAAGACGACCGCGGAGACGGAGGAGUUGGCAUCCUCCUUGCCUCCGCACGGGGUUCUGCAGAGAUCGACAGUGGUUCGACAACUGAGGUUACGAUCACCUUCCCCGGGGGUAUUACAGGAGGAGGGGGAUGUGGCAGCAGCAGCGCAGGAGGCACCAGCAGUCUCGACAGCGAGGGAGGAGGUGCCAACACAGGCGACGGUUGAGGAGGAGGUAGCGGCAGCGACACCGCAGGAGGCCGUUCCUAUGGAUCAUGACAGUGCGGACACCGAUGAGCAGCUCGUGCAGCGCUUCAUCACAGAGGAGGUCGAUCCAAUCGUGGGGGGUUUGACCCCAGGGGCGGCGAUGGAGCUGGGGGUUUCUGCUCCCACAGGGAGGGCGGGGUCAGAGAUGGGGACGCACUUCGACUUCGACUUGUCGAUGGGCGCUCCACCUACUUGCGGCGGGGCGACAUCGACGGAUCGGGCGUCGUCACGGGACGACGCAGCAGACGCGACGGGGACGCAGACCCCGAUAGAGAGGACGCAGGCGGAGUCUCCAGAUACAGCACGCGACAUCAUGGAGCGAGAGAGGGCUCGACUUAUGGCAUCGAGUAACCCGCGUGCUCAGGCGUUCGCACGGGCCUUGGAGGAGGACAGGCGUCGAGAGACAGGGGGGGAUGGUGUGCAAGGUGGGGUGGUGGCUGGGGAGGACGUUAUGGAGGGAGUAGCAGCAGAGGCAGACGGCUAUACAGGGACGACCGCAGCGAGGGAGGUACCAGGAUCAGGUUGUGAGCCUCCGCGAGGUCGCGCCAGAGGAGUGUCCACCGACACCUUGGAGCACGCUCUGAGAGUUGCGACGCGUGUUGUGCAGGAGCAGACCCCACGCAAGCGUGGAGUGCCUCCUCGUCCACGCCCUGUGGCUGCAGAGAGAGGCGCUGCGCUUGGAGAGAGUUCGGGGGCGGAGGGGUUGGGGAUGCCUCCUGGAUCCCGCAGUGAGCAGACGGUUGCAGAGGCUAGUGCGAGGGUUGUUUUGUUGAGGAAGGGAGGAGGCCCUGUCACCAUCGAGGAGGAUGAUCCUGAGACAGAUGCGGCAGUGCAGGAGGAGGACAAGGACUAUGAGGGCGAGGAGGAGGGUGCGGAGGAGAGCGAGAGCGGUUCCGACGGUGACGACGACUACGACGACGAUGGGCCCCCACCUCCCCCGCUGACGCGUGCAUCUAGACGCUCCGCUGCGCAGACUUCUUCAUCCGCACGAGGGAGGAGGAGGUCGGCAUCUGGCUCUUGAGGGGGUGUGAGGAGACGGAGCGGGAAGGGGAAGAAGGGUUGUUGACCGUGAGGCCAGCACUCCGUUUUUCCCCUACUCGCACUGUACUUCAUCAUGUUGUGAGGUCCUGUUUUUUUUUGUCGUGUCGUCUUUGUCUUCGUAUUGUUAGACACUGAGUGUUAGUGUGCGUGUUGUAGUAGUUGUUUCCUUCGGUUUUGGUGUGUAUGAUUUUGGUACCAGUAGGGUGUUCGUAGAGUAGCCUUGGUUGCAGCAGACUGAGUACAGUACAGUACCCCAGCAGCUACGACACGA